AUUUAUUCCUGUAUUCCCAUUCUAUCCUAUUCAUUCCUGUGCUUCCCACUGCCCCAGCUUGGUCUACCAUGGCUCCUCUUUGGUUCUACUCUUUCAUCAUGCUCUGCAUCUUUUCAAUCUCCGCUCUUCCUCACUCUCUCAAUACCUUUCAACAGCAACAAUUGCUCCUGCAAUUCAAAACGGCUAUUUCCAACAACAACAGCUCUUCACUGCCAGAUUGGACUCCCCUUCACCCCCUCUGUAAUUGGUCUGCCGUUACCUGCGAUCCCUCUUUCCACUCCGUCCUCGCCCUCAACUUAUCCUACAUGAACUUACACGGCACCAUCUCUCCUCUGCUGGGGAAUCUCACCUCUCUUCAAUCCCUAGAUCUCUCCAACAAUGCCCUCACUUCUACCAUUCCACCUCAACUCGCCCAACUUACCCAUCUGCAGGUACUCUUGCUCUACAACAAUCAAUUGCAAGGAACCAUUCCGCCCGCUCUCUCCGCUUGCCGCAGUUUGUAUUUCCUGGUGCUCUCCUAUAACCAACUGCAUGGCAGCAUUCCGCCUGAGCUGAGUCUCCUUACAAGAUUGAAGUUCCUCUACUUAGGACAAAACAAUCUUACAGGUGUUAUUCCCCCUUCUUUCAAAAAUCUGUCCACUUUAGUUGAAUUGUAUGUGGGAGAAAAUGGUAUCACAGGCACCAUUCCCAGCUCUUUAGGAAAUCUGUCUUCCUUGACCUAUUUAGAUUUGGCAGAAAACGAUCUUCAUGGCCCCAUUCCCCCUGAAUUGGGCAUGCUCACUCACCUGCAGCUGCUUUAUCUUUAUACAAUUAACUUAUCAGGCACCAUUCCCAGCUCUUUAGGAAAUCUGUCUUCCUUGACCUAUUUAGAUUUGGCAGAAAACGAUCUUCAUGGCCCCAUUCCCCCUGAAUUGGGCAUGCUCACUCACCUGCAGAUACUUUAUCUUUUUACAAAUAACUUAUCAGGCACCAUUCCCAGCUCUUUAGGAAAUCUGUCUUCCUUGACCGAUUUAGAAUUGGCAGAAAAUGAUCUUCAUGGCCCCAUUCCCCCUGAAUUGGGCAUGCUCACUCACCUGCAGAUACUUUACCUUUCUACAAAUAACUUAUCAGGCACCAUUCCCAGCUCUUUAGGAAAUCUGUCUUCCUUGACCGAUUUAGAAUUGGCAGAAAACGAUCUUCAUGGCCCCAUUCCCCCUGAAUUGGGCACGCUCACUCACCUGCAGACUCUUUACCUUUGGGGAAAUAACUUAUCAGGUGCCAUUCCCUAUUCUUUAACAAAUCUCUCGAAAUUGAGAGAAUUAGGUUUAACUCUAAACCAGCUGAGUGGACAUAUUCCACGGGAAAUCGGUACCAAGCUCUCCAGUUUGCAAUUACUCAAUUUAUGGGGAAAUCAGCUUAGUGGAAAAAUACCAAACUCUCUUGGAAAUUGUUCCAACCUCACAAAGCUUGAUUUAUCUAAAAACCAGCUCAGUGGAAUGGUGCCAAUAGAGCUGGGCAAGUUGAAACUCCUUACCCGGCUUUACCUACGUACCAAUCAACUUGUUAGUGAUAGCAGCAACACAUUGCCUUUUCUAACUUCUCUUACAAAUUGCUCCCACUUGGAAGAAAUAGUAGUGUCUGAUAAUCAUCUCACUGGUAUAUUGCCUCCAUCCAUAGGCAAACUGUCUUCCAAUCUCCACGAAUUGAUAUUAUCAAACAACAUGAUAAGCGGAAGCAUACCACAACAGAUUGCCAAUCUAACUAACUUAACAUACUUGAGGUUAAGCGAUAAUCUUUUGAGUGGCAAUAUUCCAUCUGGAAUUAAAAGAUUCCAGAAGUUGGAAAGAUUGUAUUUGGGUGGGAACAAAUUAGAAGGAAGCAUUCCAAGUGAUGUAGGCCAAAUGCAACAUCUCGGACUCCUAAAUCUUAGUCACAACUGGCUAUCUGGAAAAAUCCCUGAUUCUCUUUGUAGCUCCCAACAGCUAAGACGUCUUUUACUUCAGCAUAACAACUUGUCAGGCGAGAUCCCUGCUGUUUUAGCAGGAUGUCAAAAUUUAGAGCUCAUUGACUUAUCUUACAAUAAAUUAGGUGGAAGGAUACCUCCUGAUUUCAUUGCCAGCCUCAAAAAUCUGGUUUUCUACCUCAACCUUUCGUGGAAUUCUCUGGAAGGGUCUUUGCCACUAGAGAUGAGUAAAAUUGCAAUGGCUCAAGCCAUAGACAUCUCUGGAAAUCGGCUUACUGGGCUGAUUCCGAUUUCUCUUGGAGACUGCACAGCAUUAGAGCAUCUAAAUCUUUCCCACAAUGCCUUUGAAGGUGUAAUUCCAGAUUCGCUCUCCAAAUUACAAAAUCUCCAACAAAUGGAUCUUUCUACCAAUUCUUUAUCAGGUUCAAUACCAAUGUCCCUUGAAAGACUAAAAGUACUUCAAUACAUGAAUGUUUCAUUCAAUAAUUUGUCGGGGCAGAUUCCAAAAGGAGGGUUGUUUCCAAAUAGAACUGUUAUAGAAUUGUUUAUGGGAAACCCUGGCCUCUGUGGACCAGUGAAUUAUUCAUUGCCUCCAUGCCCAAAGAAGAGUCAAGAAAAGCAUUCACUGCUUAAAAAAUUAGUCUUAUCAGUUGUUGGAACUAUUGCGUUUAUAUUGUGCUCCUUCCUCUUACUAAUUUUAUGGAGAUAUAAACUUUCAAGCCAACUAUUCCAUCCCUCAAACUUUAUUUUUCGAAGGCUUAGCUAUCCAAAAUUUUCUUAUCAAGAUCUUGUCACAGCAACAGCCGAAUUUGAUGAGUCAAACUUGCUUGGAGUGGGUAACUUCGGAUCAGUCUACAAAGGAAUUUUGAGGGAUGGUAAGAUAGUUGCAAUCAAGGCUCUUAAUUUGCAGAAUGAAGAAGCUCAUAAGAGCUUCGACACAGAAUGCAAAGUAUUAGGGAGGAUUCGGCACCGUAACCUGAUCAAAAUCAUAAGUGCAUUUUCCUACUCUGGCUUCAAAGGUCUGGUUCUUCAAUUUGCAUCUAAUGGGAGCUUGGAGAAACAUUUGCACCCUGACAGAGAUGAUCAGGAAUUUUGUAAAUUGGGAUUGGAGGACUGUUUGAGCAUUGCUGUGGAUGUUGCCCAUGGCAUGGAGUAUUUACAUCAUGAUUGUCCUUUGCAAAUUGUGCACUGUGAUUUAAAACCUAGCAAUGUGCUCCUGGACGCCAACAUGACGGCCCUUGUGACUGAUUUUGGUAUAUGCCGUUUGAUUACUCCAAAUUCCAUAGAUUCAUUUAGUGCUGCAACAUUUGCACUCAAAGGAUCUAUUGGCUAUAUUGCUCCAGAGUAUGGAUUGUGGGGGGGUGUUUCCACAAAGGGAGAUGUUUACAGCUAUGGAAUUCUGAUACUAGAGAUGGUUACAAGGAAGAGGCCAAGUGAUGACAUGUUUGUGGGAGACAUGAACUUGCAGAAGUGGGUAAGGUUAGCUUUUCCAGACAGACUAGCAGAUAUUGUUCAUAGUGGGCUAUUGAGAGAUAUGAAUGAAAGCAUGGAAGACAAUAGAUGUCUUCUUUCUUUCAUUCAUGUUGGUUUGCUUUGUAGCAGUGAAUCACCAAGAGAACGACCUUCCAUGAGAGAUGUAGCCAGGUUCUUGGAGAGUCUCAAGACAUCUUCCAUGGGGGGUGUAGUUGCUUCAAAUUUAACAGCCACCAUAUCAGACCUCCUGCGCAAUACCAAUCGCGCAGAAACAUUGGCAUCUGACAGUCAAAGUUCUACAUUUUAGAUAUUUAUAAGCUCAAUUAGUAAGUUUUAGUC